AUUAUACCGUCCAUGACGUGAUUAAUUGGUAUCUGAUGAUCGUAGGCCGCUCAGAAUUUGUCAAUUUUUGAUUUGCGUAACAUUCAACAAGUUAAUUCUGACUGAAACUAAGCUGACUACAACUGAGACGUCUUUUAAUCACUGAACAAUAAAAAAACAACCUAAUCAAUAAAUUAUGAGUUAUCCACCAUAUGGAGGCCCACCUGGUGGUUAUCCACAACAACCAGGAGGAUUUUCACAACCUGGCUAUCCAGGUGGUGUAUCCAUGCCAACACCAGAGUCAGCCUCUUCAGCAGCUUAUGGAGGAAAUCCAGGUGGAAUGCCCUACCCAUCACAACCAGGAGGUGGUAUUGGGUUUGAUAUGGGGGGUCCUGGAGGAUAUGGUUCAGCACCAGGAGGAUACCCACAACCCCCUGGAGUAGCCAUGCCUGCAGCUCCAGGAGGUGGUCAAGCUACCUAUAAUGCAGGAUUUGGUGGUGCUCCUGGAUAUCCCUCAGGAGGAGGCUUUCCUUCAGGUGGUUACCCACAGCAACCAGGUGGUGGUGCACCAGGUUAUCCCCAACAACCAGCAGGUGGAGCUCCAGGUUAUCCCCAGCAGCCUGCCGGUGGAGCACCAGGAUACAACCAGCCACCCGCUGGAUAUGGACAACCCCCUCCAGGUGGUGCUCCAGGUUAUGGACAACAAGGAGCUCCUGCACAAGGAUAUGGACAACCAGGAGCACCAGGAUAUGGACAGCCUGGUGGACAGAGUUAUGGACAACCCGGUGGACAGAGUUAUGGACAGCCUGGUGGACAAAGCUAUGGUGGUCAACCAGGUGCACCUGGAGGUUUACCUGGGCAACAACCUGGUUAUUCUUCAGUGCCUGCCAGUCAACCGGGUUAUGGAACACCUAAUGCUACUUCUUAUACCAUUAAGGAUGAAGGCACACUAAGGCCACAGCCAAAUUUUAAUGCAGAAACAGACUGUCAAGUACUGAGAAAAGCCAUGAAGGGUUUUGGAACUGAUGAAAAAGCUAUAAUUGAUGUAUUGGGUUAUAGAAGUUGUGAUCAGAGACAGAAUAUUAAGCUGAUGUAUAAGACAUGUUUUGGAAGAGAUUUAAUGAAUGAUUUGAGAAGUGAGUUAAGUAGUAGAUUUGAAAAUGUAAUGAUUGCCUUAUUAUUCAAAAAAGAUGAAUAUGAUGCUUAUGAAUUACGAAGAGCUAUGAGGGGUGCUGGUACAGAUGAAAGUGCUCUUAUUGAAAUUAUGUGUACACGUACCAAUGCUGAUAUACAUGCUAUUAAUGCUGCUUAUAAACUCAUGCAUGGACGUAAACUUGAGGACGAUAUCAUCAGUGAAACAUCUGGUCAUUUUAAAAAACUUUUAGUUUCUAUGUCAGUUGGCGGUAGAAUGGAGAAUCAAACUGUAGAUCAGAAUAAAGCUAAUGCAGAUGCACAGAAAUUAUAUCAAGCUGGUGCUAAGAGAUGGGGAACAGAUGAGAAUACAUUCAAUAUGGUGUUGGCAUCACAGAGUUAUCCACAAUUACGUGCAGUAUUUGAUGCCUAUUCUAGAAUAGCUAACAAUGACAUAGAGAGAGCUAUUAGUAGCGAGAUGUCUGGUGAUCUUGCUAGAGGAAUGUCAACCAUCAUACGUGUUGUAAGAAAUAAAUCUGGUUAUUUUGCUGACCGUCUCUAUCAUUCUAUGAAGGGAGCAGGAACUGAUGAUAGAACAUUAAUCCGUAUUGUAGUAACUCGCUGUGAGGUGGAUAUGAAGCAAAUUAAAGAGGAAUUCCAAAGACGUUAUGGAAAGACAUUAGAGUCAUUUAUUAGGGAUGAUGUGUCUGGGGAUUAUAGAAAAAUUCUAAUGGCAUUAGUUGGUGGUAUUCCUUAAACAUAAUAAUAUAUGUAUAAUCUUAUCUGCUUUCUUUAUAUUAUUGUUAUUACUUACAUUAUAUUUAAGCAAAGCAUCUCAGUGAUUUAUAAGUUGUAUGUACAUGUAGUUUAAAUUACAGUUAGUUAGCAAAUUACAUUAAUAUUAAGACUACUCAGACACCAAUACGGCUUGCAGAUUAAAACAUACAACAGAAAUAUGUUAAAUUUUACUUAAUUUAUAGUCUUAUAGAUCAAAUAAAAUAUGCCAAAUUAUAAUAUUGCAACCUGUGUUAUAUAAUGUAUAUACACAGGUUCUUAGGGCUUACAUAUAUUUGCAACAUUUCUAUUUUUGAGACCAAUGACCUAAAAGCAUAAUUUCCUUUGUGUACUAUAUUAUAGAAGGUGAACUUUAAUUAAACCUGUAAUCAGAGAUCAAAAUUAGAUCCAUUAUUGUACGACCAAUCUCUGUAACUAAUGAAUAACAGCAGAAAGUCUAUUAAAUCAUAUAAAAAAGUUAAAAUAAUGAUUCUGUUUUGAUGAGAAUUCUGGCAAGAAAUAAUUAUUAUUAACAAUUGAUGUAUUUUUUUGGUAGAAAAUGGUUAAAUCAAAAAGAUAAUUUUGGAACACAAGUUUUUAGUGGAGAUUUUCAGAUUCUUUUUUUCAGAAAUUCUUUCUGUAGAGAUCGUUGAAUUAAAGUAGUCGAGAGAUGAUAUACGUUAAUGAUAAAGGAUAUUAAGGCAUUUUUGUGCUAUGUAUGGUAAUAGAUUCCAUAGAUGAAUAGUAUAAUUAAUUAAAGGAAAAGAACCUUUUAUCAUAUAAUGCUUAUAGGCUUAAUAUAAGUUAUCAGGCAAUCUUGCUAUGUAUUAAUAUCUAUGCAUAAAAUUUAUGAUUUAACUACUUGUUUCUAUUAUAUUGUUAGUAUUAUGGUGUUUUGUGAUUAAUAUUUCAAUAUGGAAUCUAAACAGUUUUUAGUCUCAGAAUGAUAUAGUAUUAUAUUAGGUUUCAAAACUGUAUUAGUAAUUUAUAUCUUUUAUAUGAAGCACCUAGUUUUUGUUUUCAGUUCUGCAAAUUUUAAAGUCAAAGAUAGCUGGCUGUAGUCAGUAUUUUUUUGUUUGAUUUUCAUAGUCAUGUUGUAAUCUGUGUAUACCUAAUGUUUUUCGCUUGAACAAAAUUAACCAAAUGAUAAACUCACCAAAUUCUCUAUUCUGUUGUAUGUGGAAUUUACCUAAUAGAUCUGUGAGAUGAAUUCAUUACACUGACAUACAAACGUGAAAGCUGAACAGGUGCUCUUUUGAUUAAAUAGUGUAUCGUCAAAUGUUGCAGAGUAAUAAAUUCAGUAAUUAUAUAACCAUAAAUUGUACAAUGUGUUGGUAUCAAAAAUAUCGGAUUUGGUGUAUAGACAAGUGCUAUAUUUGUUUAAAUAAAAUAAUAUAUAUAUGGAGAAUUUAUAUUACUAAACUCUCCUUAAUUUUUUUGUGCAGUUUACUGUAAUGUUAACUUUUUAUUAAUAAUGUUGUACUGAACUAUACUGUAAUGUUAACUUUUGGUCCGUAGAUAUAGUCUUUGUUCCAGGAAUUCAUGAUAUUUACAUGAUGUUUGUUUGACCUUUAAGUAUAAACCUUUUUAUCCUGAUAGCCCAUAUUCUGUGUAUUUGUAAUGUUUUUGAUUAAAUUAUGAAAUUUGAAUAAUGAUAUUGAUUAUUGUUAUGAAAGAUCACAUAGUUGAAUUACACUUAAUAUAUUUAUGUAUACCAUAUUAUUUUAUUAAAUUACAUCUCCAUUUUUAAAUUGUUACUUUAUACUUUUCUACAUAAAUUAUAUCAAUUACCAUAUAUCAUACCUGGGGCUCUUGACUGGCUGGCAUUGAAAGCGUUUCAGUUACUAAGCUGACAGCCAAUUUACAUACCAAUAAUUACAUAUUUUCAGAAACGCAAUAUUUGUAGUUUUAUGUGUAAACAUACAUAAAAUUUAGUUUAUUUACAUAGAGAUAAUGCUAAAAAAUAUAGUCAUUUCCUCAAAACAAAUUGGAUGGCUGGUAGCAUUUUGAAGAGAGAUCUUUGUUAAUAACUAUGCUAUAUAUGUAACAUAAGAUCUAUAAAAAUAGACAUUGCUCCAUUAGGGUAAUGUACAUUGAUAGUCAAAUAAUAUGAUAAUAUCAUAAUGUACAUUUAUGAAUGUGCUUACUCCAUCCAUAUUGCAUGCUCUAAGCACAUGGAAGAUGAUAGCUAAUAGUGAUAAUAAGUAACAAACACAUCAACCUGAUUAAAAUACAGAUCUAUAUUUCGUUUCAUUUUUUUAUACUUUCGAUGGCCUACACUACAUGAAGAUCUGACAAGUCGUACUGAAAGGUCGUGUCAGGGGUUGUACGAGAGGCUUUUGACCCUAUGACAUCAGACAUUGAUUAAUCAAUCAGCGUUGACGUUUCUAGUGGUUUACCCACAGUUCCGUGCAUGGCUCACCAAGAAGUCGCCGUAACAGAGCGUUUCAUUGGCUAAUCCCUCACUUCAACCAAAAUGCGGGUAAUAAAACAGCUCUUCUUGAUCCUAGUGUAGUAAAGACAAGUAAAACAAAAAUUUGAACUAUAAAAAAAUGAAACAAAAUAGGAUCUGUUUUAAUUAGAUUGUAAACACAUGAGUUUGGAUUUAACACAGCUAAUGGUUGUCAACUCUGUAUCUCAAAUGGUGGGUUAUUCAACACUCAAGGUCCGCACACACUGAAUGACUAUUGAGUUCAGGCAAGAAUAAGAAAAAAUUACCCCUGUAGAUAAAGCCAGUGCUGAGAUAGUCAACAUUUUAAGCUGAGAACAAAAUUAAAAUUAAUACACGAAUUGACUUCCACUUAAUCAUUAAAAACAAAAAUGUAUAGAUCUUGCUUCCAAGCAAGGAGAAUAACACUCCAGAAGACCCAAUUCAACACUUAAUGUUAUUGAGAUCUUUGAAAGAUUUGUUAGGAACCUAGCAGUCUAAAUUUAAUGAAAGAUUUGUUAGAAACCUAGCAGUCUAAAUUUAAUGAAAGGUCUGCUUUCUAACUACCUUUAUCAUGACAAUUUCAAAAUUAUAUCUUAAUAUAAACAUUGAUUGCUUUACAAUGUAUGAAUUUAAUAUAUGUAUAUUGUUUAUGUUAAACAUAUCUAUCAUUUUGCUCACAAUAUAUAUACAAUAAUCUACAUAAUAUAUCUAUUUUAAUUGUCUAUUUUCUUACUACAUCAUAUAAUUUCUAGGUAGGUUUUUUUUAUAUUAAAAUAUUCUUUUUCAAAUCAAAAACAAUUCCUGUAAUUGUGUCUAUUAGAAUUCAUGGUAUCAUGUCAUUUGGAAUAAUAUUUUCCAUUUUUGUGGUAAUGUUCGAUUUGUAAUUUGAAUUUUAAGUCAAGAAGGUAUGUGAAAGUUAUGCUGCUGUUCUUGAAGGCUGUUGUAUUAAUACAGAGCUUAGGACUCUUUUGAGAAAUUCUUCAGUAUUCCAUAUUAAAUCUAGUUACUGCUGGCAUUAUUAUUAAGUAAAGGACAACAAGGCACACUAAAAGUUAAAUAUAGACUAAAGGGCCACAACUAAUCAGAAGUACCAAACCAUAUUCAAAUCAAUCAAUUCUGACCAUUUGAAGUUUACAUUCAUUUCCUUUGAUUUCACAUGGCCAUCUCUUUGCACUGAGGUGAUGAAAAUGGUAAUAAUUGUUCUUUGGGUAUUCGUAUAUACUUGAUCAGAUUAUAAAUGUCAGUUUUUACAGUAAAAUAGUAUAGUAUAUAAUUUUAACUAGCUGCCUUGUUUUCUCUUGAACUCUUCCAUUGAUUUCUGACCUCAUCUAUAAAACACCAUCUUUCAACUUUGAAGCAGAGUUUUGUAUUAAGAUACAAAUGAACUUAACACUCAAUUAUACCCAUAUACAUGUAUAUAUAUAUGUAUCAUAUAUGGUAUCAAUGUAAUACAAUAGUCACAAACUAUACAAUUAUUUGUUGUAUCAAUGUAAUUCAAUAGUUAUGAACUAUACACUAAUGAUCUUUUUCAAAAUGAAAGUUAAACAUACAUUAUGCAAGAGGUAAAUCUGCCUGUUGAAGGUCUUUCUUUAGGCAUGAAAUGUUAUAUAAACUAUUUAUUAGACAUUUAUUAACAAAACAAGACCAGAAUCAACUCUCGAUGGCAUCGAUACUCAAGAUUUUAACUAGAUUAAAGCCUCGAAUAUACCAGUGCCCUGGUUACCAUUAUGAACACAUCUUGUCAAAACUACAAACAGUGACAACUUAGCUCAGGAUGAAGUAAUUUUAAUGAAAAUUUCAAUAUUUUCAUUUUGCAUUAUCUAUUUUUGAGCUAUUAUAAGAAGAAUGGUCAGCUCUUUAACUAAAUCUUACAUAAUGUAUGUUUAAGUAUUAUUAUACAAAUCCGACGUAGUUGUUGUUAGUAUGUACUUGAUAUGGAUUUUAAUAUUAAAAGUUUGACAAGUUUCAAGUAUUGAUUCCACAAGCCUGUUCUUGUAUAAGACACAUCAUUGAGUCCAUGAUUAAGUGCUCUUCUCCCCCCCCCCCCCAUGAAAUGCUUUUGACAAAGCAAACCCUUUUCAAGUGUAAUGUUUUAUCGAUACUAUUUGGACCAGGGUCAUUGCUGGACGAUUUCUUAGUUGGGGUUGCCAUAAGGCUUUUCGGAAAACCCAGCUCUUUUGCCUUCAGUAAUAAAUGGGGUACAUAAGUAUUCAUUUUUUGAUAUUUAAAUAUAUUCAUAUAUGUAAUUGGUAUUUACAAGGGAAGCAAUUUAUAUCUACUGUGUAUGAUUAUGUAUUUUAUUAUAGACUGGAUUGUUGAUAAUUAGUUAAUAUUAAUAAUUAUUUCUUUCUAUUUUAACUUCACUCAAAUGAUAAAUAUAUAGCAUGUUAUAAGA